GAAUAAUCAUUUAAAUAAUCAUUACAGAUGAUGGGCGGCGCCCAACGAACCAAGUCAGGCCAUGGCAGCAAAGCCCACUGUAAACAGCAACAACCGCUACGCAUCGAAGAUGCAAACAAUGUGACAACGACUGAGGAUGCCAACAAAUGUGAUAAUGAAGUGCGCGAACUGCAGCGAGCCUCCAAGGAAAUCAAUCGCAGCAAUCGUCGCAUCAUGAAACAAACCUUUGUGUCAGAUGUGCUGGAGAUUCCCGAUAAGAUUGAGGCCAAGGUUAAUGCGGCAACAGGUGUUACAACAUCAGGUGUGAUAACAGCUGCCGACAGCACCACCGAGGAUGAUGAGGAGGAAACUGAAGAUGACUGGGAAAAUAUGUUUGAUGAGAAUGGCGACUGUUUGGAUCCAAAGAUACUGGAGGAGCUUACCGAAUCGGUGGGAAAGUGCAAAAUCGAGUUGCCAAAAAUGGAUUAUAGCGUCUACCAUAUUAAACAAUCAUUACUCAAUGAGGAGGAGUUUCCCCAUGUCCUGGAAAUCUCAAAUUUUCCGGUUGAGUUCAAAACGCCAGACUUGCUUAUGCUUUUCUCCAGAUACAAAGGUACCGGCUUCGACAUCAAGUGGGUGGAUGAUACACAUGCUCUUGCUGUCUUUAGCAGCUCUGACAUUGCUGCUGAGGUUUUGACCAUGGGCCAUCCAUUUGUCAAGUUAAAGCCGCUGGCUGCUGCCACACUUGAAUCCCGUCUCAAGGCCAAGAAAGCAGGUGCCACAUCGCUGCAGCCUUAUCGUCAGCGGCCGGAGACUUGCACGGCGCUGGCGCGUCGUCUGGUUUCCGGCGCUUUGGGUGUCAAGCUGCCCACAGCACCGGAGGAGCGGGAAAACGAGAGACGUGUGCUACGUGAAGCCAAAGAACGCAAACUUUUAGCUGCCAAACAGCGCGACGAGGUCUGGGAGAGCUAGACCCACGUGUUAUGCAAUAUGCAACUUGCAACAUGCAUUUUCGGUGGCAUGCUCACAUUCAUGCCCCUAUUUAACACUCACAAUACUUUCUCAAUCAAAGCUAGUACUAGUAUAGUAACUAAUUGAUAAAUUUGCAUACUAAAAACAAUGUAUUUGAAUUGUUCUCGCUUUCCGUGCAAUUUGCAUACAAAUUUUUGCUCAAUUUGUUGUAGUUUUAAAAUGGCUGCGUAUGCGUUAAGAUGAGAUGAUGUCAACAUAAUAUAUAUACAUAUAUUUAUUUGUCGUAGCACUUAAGCAAAACAUGCAUAAAUCAAUACCUACAUGUUGUUUUAACUCCAAGCGUAAAA